AUGUCGGAAGACAACGUCGUACGCCGUAACCCGAAGAACAACCGACGGAAGAACACGGAUGGUUAUCGGACCGACUCAGGAUGUUUCGAAGACGUCGACCUCCAGAUGGCCAACCAGCAUUCACCGACUUCAACCUCGUCGGAAUCUGUCGUGGUUGACAACAAUACUGUUGUGACAACCGACCAUAGCUCGGAGGAAUGCCGACUUGUGACGGAGCAUGCCGACGCAUCUCCGACAUCUCCUUCCCUCGCCGACGAGUGCGCGGAUGAUAAAGAUUUCCAUGCCAUCCUAAAACGACUAUCAGAUAUAACGACCAAUCCUGGAGAUUUGUACCGGUUAUGUUUCAACUCGAGAUUAUCAUUUUGUGGACAUAUGUCGGGUAAUGAAAACGAGGAGUCUUUUCGCCGUACGGGAGAAAUAGACCAAAAUGGCACUACUCUUGUUGAACAAGCAAAUGGCUGCACGAAUUGUGAAAUUUCUAAUGAAUCACCUUUGGAAGAGGGAGAAAAAUGUGCAAAGAGGUCAAGUCAUGGACAGCAAUGUGUCGAAUUGGUGUCAGUGCUCUCUUCAUUUAUGGUAAAAGCAAAAGAAAAUCCGAGUAUGUUAAAUCAUUCAACUUUGGGCAACUCACUAGUUGCACAAUUGUCCUCCUUACUUUCCACCUUAGAGGAAGCAAAGGAGAAUGCCAGUCAGUCAAAUGAAGGACAAUUGAUUACAGCUGGCCAACAAAUAUCCCCUGAUACAUUUCAACCAUCUAAACCCACCCAGUUGACUACGCCUGAGCGCACUGCACAGUCUGCAUCAAAUGUGGCCGAACAUAAAACUUCCCUCCCUGCACAAGACUCAAACACAUCCACGGACAAAGUUGAUUUGACAUUGAAAAAUUCAAACGACCGCCAUGACCAAGAGCCGUCUCACUCAACCCAAAGAAAAAAUGAGGAUCCUUUCCCUCAGAUCAAUAUGACUGAUUUGAUUGCAAGAGAGGAAUUGGGUAAUUAUAGUGGACAACCGUCAUCCCCGAGUCUAUACGAGGAAUUGGAAAGUGCUUUGCCUUCCUCGGGCUUUAGCGCACGACAUCAUAGUAUCCAUUCAGAUUCUAAAGUGAGUGAUGCUAUUUUUGAAGAUCUGUUGGACACCCAUAACGAACCGCCGUCACCUUUACCCAAUGCAGAGAAACUGGAAACUCCGUUGCCUACCUCGAGCCUUAGGACAUCUUUCGCUACCAACCGUGUACACCCAGAGCUUCACGAGGCUUUCCCUACUUCAAGACAUCCAUUGAAAAACCAAGACGGUAAGCCAUCACUCCUUAACCAAGGAGAAGAAUUCCAAACUUCAUCGCCAACGAUUGAUAACACUAAUACUACAUUGCAACAUCAAGACGAACGCCCAUCCCUGGCAAACCAUCCCGAAGAUAAUGAUGCUAUUCCAGAACUUAAUAUCAUUGACGGCCGAUCUUCCACCAGCUCCGGGACGGACGCCGACGAUGUCGUUACGAAUGGUCGCCGAGCGGUGAAGCCCUAUAGCUGGGAUUAUGGCGACAUUUGGGAAAAAGAACUGGAAAGAGCCAAGAGCUCGGAAUCGUUUAAUAAUGGUGGCAAAGGAGGUUAUUUACCUUCAAGGAAAAAUCCUGCCACGGACAUGAUGCCAUCGUUUGAGGAAAUACGUGACGAGUUAUUUCAAAAUGCUGGGUUUGUUAAUGACAACGGAGGUCGUUAUGAUGUUUCAAAACGGCGAAGUCGGUCUGCUGAUGCAAGGUACAGGGUUAUUUCCAGCUUUAUAGAAAGGUGUAUUGCAUUGCGAGCGUGCAUGUUUUGGUUCACGAAAUUUUAGAGAGUGCUCAAUAUCAUUAUAGAAUGUGAGCAAAUAGUAUACUUUUUCUUUCCCCGAGAUUGGCACCACAAGUUAUCUAUCUCAUAAGCAAAACUAUGCAGUACUGCAAUUCUAUGCAUUAUCUUAUAGAUCCAAUCUGCAAGAUGACAGCGUGUGGGCAGAUUACCACAAUACACAAAGUGACGUGCAUUCUCCGUUCGUACGAACAAUAUAUCAGAAUGAGACCAGGCCAAGCACAGGACUGAGAAGAAGCUGGAGCUCACAUCACAUCGGUGGUAACUCUGUCAUGGUGAAUGUUGAUUGGACACAUGGCAGAGAGGUCAGUAGAAACGUUUAGGUGAUCGGAAAAGUAUCAUCUGUUCUAUCCAAGGAUAAACAGUUAAAAGUUAAAACACUGCAUGAACUUUCAUGUUUGUCAACAAAUUUGGGAUGUUUUAAUUUCAAAAUUUCAAUAACAACAAAAUUUGAGGUAGAUAAGUUUUUGAUGUGCCAGACUAUAAAAGCUGUUACAUUAAUAAAAAAUUAAUUUUGUUGUGUUUGGCUGCCCAUAUGAACAAAAUUAACAUGAAAAUUUUAAUUUGACUAAACCAUGUCCUGGUAGUUACGUGCAGUUUCUUGUUAUUAUUUGCAAGUUUAUUUAUUUUUUCUCGUAAUGAAGAAAUGUUGGCGCGUGAAUGUAAUGGACCCAUUCUAUAAUGAACAAAAUUUUGAUCUAGACGGAAAUUUCAUCACAGCUUGAAAGAGCAUCACAAAAAUUAGUAAUAUUCCGAAGUUUCGUUGCGAAAUGUUGUAAAACGCGGAUAAUAAUUAUAGCCCUGCGAAGUUUGCUGUUAUUCAGUCAUUUUGUAUUACGCACGGGAAAUGAUAUCGCUUUCUGAAAAAAGUUAUCAAUUUCCCGUGCGUAAUACAAAAUGACUGAAAAACGGCAAACUUCGCAGGGCUAUAUUAUCCGUAUUUUACAACAUUUCGCAAUGAAACUUCGGAAUAUUACUAAUUUGGUGAUGCUCUUUCAAGCUGUGAUGAACUGAAUUUUUGUCUAGACUUGUCUAGAUCAAAAUUUUGUUCAUUAGGGAAUAGGUCCAUUCCACCAAUGAGUACUAAUAAACUCAAACCCAAUUACUGAUUCUUUCAGAUGAGGGUGAUUACUGGGUCCGCUGACCGAGGUUUUGACGAUGUUCGAGCUCAGAUUAUCAAAGAAGCAGUCGUGAAGACGAGCACCUUUCGAGGGCCGAAACCAUGGUCGAUACUGAAACGAAGACCUUCCGGUCUACGACGACGCUGGGCGAGAAAUGAAUCGUUUCGUUCAACCAACAGUGACAACUCCCGUGUAAGGAUGGAACACGAUUCAGAGAGCAGCGAUUCACCUUACGUCAGUGCGACGUCCUCCGAUUGCCUGACGAUGGCGACGGAUGACAGCUCUAGCGUAACGUCUUCCCAGUGUUACGCCGCGUCGUCGUUGCCAUCGUCACCAUCCGUGAGCAAUCGGAACAGCGCGUGUUUCUCCGAUACGAGUACGUCAGACGCCUCCGACAUCCGAAGAGUUGUGUACCAACGUCCUUUCUCCGAAUCUGCUCUCCCUGAACGUUAUGCCCGAGGAUAUGACAUCCCCUCAACACGUGGAAUGACAUUAGAUCAACGUUUUAGGUAUUUUGAAAAACAUAACCGUGUUUUACCAAACCAGGAAUUUCAAAAUACUUCAUUAAAAGGUCCGAGAAGUCCUCUCGUAAGAGCGGAUGACUUCCGCAACGACGAUUCCAAAAAUAUACGCGGCCAACCUUCUACCCUUCCUCGGAAAUGGCAAAAUGAUCAUCUAGUGUCACCGUUGCUCGUUCGUAGCGACUCCGAUUUGAAUAGUCUUACCAAGGUUCAGUUUGUCGGCGAUUCCUAUUCUCGAUCUCGCAUCAGCAAGAAUGUACGAUACACUCGGAAUAGGUCACAGAGCCCGUCUCCAGUCGGACCACGAUCGGCUCACACUCGCGUGGUUAGUUGUGAGAUUGUUCAAAGUGACAACAGAAAACGUGAUGUUUAUACCAAGGUAUGUUCCAUGUUCACGAAAUAUUUUAUU